CAGUCAAGAAGACUAGAGAAAAAAAAAUAGGUAAACAUAUAACAAUAAUAAUAAUAAUAAUGACAAACAAUGACAAGAGAGAAUGUUUUUAUGAUAUGAUAAAAAAGAGGGGAUAAAUAAAUAAAUAAAAAUCGAAAGAGUGGGGGGUAUAUACCGCGCGCUGGAUAAUAAAAUCAAGAUGGCUACCAAGGAGAGUGCGAGCACCACCGUGUCAAACAAGGGAUACAAUGUCAAUAGUGCGUUCAAGCGUGUCAAUGAGGACAUUUUAUAUGAUAAUAUAAUAAAUAUUAAAAACAAUAAUAUAACAUGUGAUAAUUGUAAAAAAAAAACACGUGAAUAUAUUGAUAAUUGUGAUAAUAAUAAAAUUACAAAGACGCCCUGUGGGACGCCCACAGAUUUACUCACUGCAUCAUCGUCAAAUAAUAAUAUAUUAUUUUGUUGUGAACACCAGUUGCCUAAAUUAAAUAAUACAUUAAAUAAUAACAAUAUUAAUAAUGACAUAAAUAAUUUGACAACUGUCAAUACAAGUGGAAUUGCCAAGUGUUUUAAUAAUACCAGCAUGGAUCAACAAAAAUUUCGAAAUGACGCGAACAUAUCUAAUUGUACAUUGCAAGAACAAGAAGAUAAUUUAGAAAAAAAUUGUCAACUGGAUGAAGCAACAACAGUGAAAAAUCAUGAAGAUUCAACAUCUUGCAAAAUUCCAGUUAGUGCUGAUACAACGACAUUUGGCAGUGAUCCAAUAUCAGAAUGUAAGUUGGUAGAAGUUAAAUUGGACGAGUGUGGUAAUGUGUCAAGUAAAACACCUCAAUUGGGUGAAAGUCCACAAAGUACAAGCAGUAAUAUUAUUGUUAGUCCAAAAAGUCCAGAUUAUCCAACACCAAGAGUAUCAACAACACCACAAAGUCCAGAUACAACUUAUGUACAUUCAAAUAUAUCAAUGGAUACAGCAAAAUGUCCAUUAAAUGAAACAACAACAACAACAACAUCUUCAUCAAAAUUAAUAGACAAUUGUGAUGAAAAGUUAUUAUUAAUAAAAAAUAAUCAAAUUAAACAAGAACCACCAGAUAAAAUAUCUGAAAGUGAUAAUAAUAAAUACAGUGAUAAUAAAGAAUUUUUGUGUAAUUCAUCAGUGAAAAAUGAGGCAUCAAGAACUCAAGUGUUAUCAUUAAAUUCAACAUCAACAUCAUCAACAAUAAUAUUACCAGUUGAAAAACAAAAUAAAGAACAUAAUGAACGACCAAGAUGUUCACGUUGUUAUAAAAGAAGUAAAAUAAAAAGAGCAUCAAUUGGUGUACAGUGUAAACGUGAUCGUAGUAGUCAUUCAUCAUCAACAACAGCAACAACAACAACAACAACAAAUAAAUCACAUACAAUAAAACUUCCAAUUCCAUUAACUGGUUCAAAUGUAAAUUUACGAUUAACUUUAGAAACAAAAAAUUGUAAAACACUUAAUAAUAAAAAAAUAAGUAAACAAUUUGAUCAACUUGAAGGUUUAAAAUAUCGUAAAUAUAUACAUAUUGAUACAUAUCCAAAUGGUGGUGCAACAGUUGUACAUAUGUAUCAAGAUGAAAUUGAUGUAUUAUCAAAAAAAGAAAUAGAAGAACUUGGAAAUGAAUUUUUUAAAGUUGUAUUUGGUGAAGAUGAUAAUGGUAAUGCAUAUAAUGUUAUGGGAAUUGUACACAAUGCAGCAUCAUAUUUACCAGAUUUAUUAGAUCAUAUGGCUGAUAAUUAUUCAACGUUAACUGUUAAAAAUGGUAUAUUAGGACGUAAUAGUGAUAUUGAAACAACAACAAUGUUACAAUAUAAAGAACAAGUUUAUAAAGCAUAUAAUAAUGGUACAGUACGUUAUGGUCCAUUGCAUCAAAUAAGUUUAGUUGGUACUGUACAUGAAGAAGUUGGUGGUUAUUUUCCUGAUUUACUUCAACGUUUAGAAGAAAAUUCAUUUUUAAAAAUGACAAUGCCAUGGGGACCAUUGUCUGUUGUUAAAAUGGAAACACCACAAGAAUCAAAUGAUGGUCCAAUAUUAUGGAUAAGACCUGGUGAACAAUUAGUACCAACAGCUGAGAUUAAUAAAAGUCCAUGUAAACGUAGAAGAACUGGUAUUAAUGAAUUAAGAAAUUUACAAUAUCUUCCACGUUUAAGUGAAGCCAGAGAAUAUAUGUUUGAAGAUCGUACAAGAGCACAUGCUGAUCAUGUUGGACAUGGUCUUGAUAGAAUGACAACAGCUGCUGUUGGUGUACUUAAAGCAAUACAUGGUGGACAAACAUAUGAUUCAAAUAGAAUAACAAAAGAUGUUGUUGCAUUUUAUGCUGGUGAUUUUCCAGAUCUUGUUGAAAAAUUACAACUUGAUCUUCAUGAACCACCAAUAUCACAAUGUGUACAAUGGAUUGAAGAUGCUAAAUUAAAUCAGCUAAGAAGACAAGGUAUACGUUAUGCAAAAGUUAAUUUAUAUGAUAAUGAUAUUUAUUUUCUUCCAAGAAAUAUUAUACAUCAAUUUCGUACAAUAUCAGCUGUAUCAAGUAUUGCUUGGCAUGUUAGAUUAAAACAAUAUUAUCCAGAUACAUCAUCAAAUAUUAAACAUAAUCGUACAAUACCUGAAAAUACAAAUCAUUUUAAAGAAAAAAAAAAUGAUAUAACAACAUUAACAAAUGUAUUAGUUGAUGAACAAAAAGAAAAUACAGAUAGACAACAUAUGGCUGAAAAAAAAGCUAAAGAAAGAGCUGCUGAAUAUCAUCUUCAGAUCAUUAAAAAAAAGUUUAAAAAAAACAUAGUGAUAGACACAUUAAGUCGUUCAGUUAAAUCUGAUCAUCGAACAAGUACAAGUAGUUCUGAUAAAAAAAAACAUGAUAGUCAUCAAAGUCAAAAACGUUCAAUAAAUCAUCAUACGAGUUCAAGUAAACAAGAACACAAUGAUGAUAAUAAUUUUGAAACAACAACAGCAACAGCAACAAUAACAACUAAAAUUGAUGAAAAUAUUGUUGAUAAAACAAACUGUGAAACUACAACAACGCCAACAGUAUCAACAGCAACAGUAACAGCAACGACGUCGACGACAACAACGCCAACAACAGCACCAGCUUCACCAUGUCAGUCUAUUCAAGAAGAUACAAUACUACCUGUUGAUAAUAAUCAAGAAAAUAAAAUAACAACAAUUGAUAAAGAAUUAUUAUUAUCACGACAAUCAAUUGGAAAAAUUUAUGCAAAAGAAGUUGUUGAUAAAGCUCUUGAAAUAGCAAUAUAUAAAUCAAAAACAGAUGUUGUUGAAGAUGGUGGUGUUGAUGAAAUUUGUCAAUCAUUAAGAUUAGCUGUAACAGAAUCUUCCAAACCUAUUAUUGAUAAAAUUAAAAUAGAAAUAUAUGAAUUUUAUCAUGAAAAAUAUAAUUCAACAAUAUUAAAUUUUAAUGAAAAUCUUGAAAUACUUGAAUCUGAAACUUUAAAAGCAUUUUUUUCAGAAAUGGAACUUGCUACUGAAAAUGCUGUUAAAGCAUUAAUUGAAAUGGCAGAAGAAGAAUCUAAAGAAAGAAUUAAAAAAAAUAUUUUAAUUGAAGAAAAUACAACACCACCACCUUUGCCAUUAUUAUCACCACCGCCACCACCACCUCCUCCUACUUCUCCACCUCCACUUCCGCCACCACCACCACCGCCAUCAUCACCUCCACCGCCUCCACCACCACCUCCUCCCCCAACAACUCCACCACCUCUACCACCAUCACCAUCUUCAGAGCCAACAGAAAAAGUACAAAAUAAUAUCGAGAUCUGGCCGGUACCAGAAAAUUCAAUAAUUCAAUCAAUACCAAUUCCUAUUGAUAAUAAAAAAUCAACAAUUGAUACAAAAACAAGAGAUGAAAAAUCAUUAAACACAAAUGAAAUUAUAAAAGAUCAUAGAGAUAAAAAAGAUAAAGAAAGAAGACACAGAGAAAGAAAAGAUAGACGAGAAAGAGAUCAUAAAAGACAUCGAGAUAAAGAAUUUUCUUCAUCAAAACAUAAAUCAAAUAAAUCUGAUCAUUCAUCAUCAUCACCGUCAUCAUCAUCAUCAUCAAGUAAAGAUGAUAAAAAAUUUGAUAAACAUAAAAAAGAAUCAAAACAUCAUACAGAUAAAUCUAAAAGUAUAUCAUCAUCAACAUCAUCUUCAAGUAAUCGUGAUGAAAUAAAAAAUCAAGACAAUUCAACUACAACAUCAUCAACAUCAUCAGGACAUAAAAGAAAAACAUUAAAUAAUUCUGGCAAUAAAGAUGAUGUCAAAAGAUUAUGUACUGGUGAUGGUGUUAAUGGUUCAACGUGA